UGUGGCAACGUGAGUACUCGUGUUCUAGCACAAGUCGUGGGAGCAAGUUCAAUAUCCUAGAUCGCUGGGGUAGCGCUUGCCCAGAAGGAGGGAGACACCGCACGACGAACGACACUGGCCCGGCCCUGCACUCCUGCACCCCUGCACUCCGAACACGGAACUGGCUCGUUUCGCCGCAUAUAUUUGUACUACGGCAGAAGAAUGCAGCAGCACCAUCGGCCCUCCGCAGUGUCACGCAGGAUGUGGGCCUCGAGCCUCAUCAGCGCCCUACCCAGCUUCUUAUUCGGGUACUGCCUCUCAGCGCUCAACACCGUGCUCGUCACGGGAGACGCCGCCAGCCCGGAGGCCUGCCUCUCCGGGGAGGACGCCACCUGCCCCACGGGCUCGACGCUCAGAGACCUGGACCUGCCCACCGUCCAGCAGGAGGUGGCCACCUCCCUCCUGGUCGCGGGGGCCUGGCUGGGGUCCAUGAUGGCGAGCAGGCCGUCGGAUGCGCUCGGCCGCCGGGCGACGCUGCUGUACAACAACGCCCUGUUCAUCGCGGGCGGCUUGUUGUGCGCCGUGGCUGUGGGGUCUUCGGAACUGUUCGUCGGAAGGUUCCUGGCAGGGAUGGGUGUCGGUUGUGGUUCCGGCGUGGUGCCCGUCCUCCUCUCCGAGGUGUCCUCCCCGAAGAACCGAGGGGCCGUCGGCUCGAUCCACCAGCUCAUGAUCAACCUCGGCAUCCUGUCGUCCGGGCUCCUGGGAUACGCGCUCGUCGAGGACGUGUCGCAUGGCUGGAGAUAUGUGCAAGGGUUCAUCGUCGUCCCCGCCGCAGUACAGGUGCAUCCACAACACCACACACUCCACGACUGCCUUGUUGAAUAGUUGCAAACAUGGGUGUGCUGUGAAGCAGCUUAUUUUUGUUGGCGCCACAUGUGUACCCCAUAUUAAGCUCACGUUGGUGGCCUUUUUUGUUCGGAUAUUGGGUGAUUUGACGCGCGCGUCUUGUCUGAAAUUUUCGCAUUUCGUUCCAAGUAUUGCAUGAAAUCUUGCCCGCAGUUGGUGAAAUAGGCCAGGCGCGGUGUACUGCUUGGAGGAUUUGUUCCUGUCGCUCACGUUGACCCGUUUCGCUUCGGAUCGGUCGCGCACGCUACAGUUCACCACCCGUCCAGCUUCGUCACACGCGCACUGUGUAGGGGUGUCUUGGUAGCCCUUGUCCCGGUUAAGGUUGGCCUUUCGGAUCGGCAACAUUUCCGUCCAUCGAUCCAUGAACAAAUCAUGCGUGCUAGUUUGGAGUCUUGGCAGCCACCCGCGACGCCUUCGGGUACUCUACUUACACAACUAUUUUGUUUUGGGGGUUCGACGAAGCAGUAGUCACAUAUCAUGACCACUCGUGCCUCUAUAUUUUUGUCCCGAAUGCCAUCAGCUUCGAUCAGACCGUUCUGUACCUGUUUCGGUGCAUUCUUUGGGACGGAAAAGCUGGGAGCGGAGGAAUUUACUCGAUCGUCCUGACGUUCGACCACAACACAUUCCUUGCACGCCCUUCUAUUCUUACACGUGGGACGCGGAUGAGAUGUUCUGACAAUGUUGAUCCUGCCUCCCCCCUCCCUCUAGCCUCCUUUCCGACAUAAAAUCGUUUUCCGUCUCAGCUCGCGCUCGCGGGACUCGUGCCGGAGUCGGCGCGGUGGCUGGUGAAGCAAGGAAGAAUUGCCGA